AUGAUCACCGACACAGAACACCACGAAAAUACCUCUCCUCUAGGGCUUGUGGCUCAUUGCUCAGCUAUCCAAAUUGAGGGCAAGCUCUUACAGAAAAUUGGACUUGGUGGUCGGUUUCUGGUCGUUUACGUUGACGAUGAGGAGAGGUGGAAGUCCAAGAGACUCUCUAGCAGAUCACCGCUGCAUUGGCAGCAGGAUCACCACAUGUGGCUUCGGCCAUCCUCCAAUAUCAAGAUUGAGCUUUUUCGCAAGAGUACAAUAUCAAUCAUGCGCCCCAGCAAAAGGCAGUUCCUUGGAAAGUUCUGUGCGAAGCUCGUUCACUUGCUUGGAAAUGAUGCAGCAUUUGAUAUGACUGAUGACUCCGGGAAUAUGCUCGACGGCAUUCAGAUCAAGAUCAAGCUGGCGCUCAUUUCCCAUUCUCCACGAGAUAUAACGGACAGGGUUGACGCUGCAAUCUCCCGCCUCGACGACAGCAUACUUUCCCAAAUAUCGAAACAUGUCAAUAUAUCCGAGUCCGUCACCGACGGCGUUUACUCUUCUACCCAAAUGAUUAGUAGUUGCAUACCGGCCCUUGGCCAGACAUUCCAGGCGAUGGUCAAGAUCGCCCGUAUCUUUGGUGAUGCAAGUCCAUCAUAUCUUCCUCCCAUUACGCUCUCAUCAUGGUAA